GGGCACGAGUCCUAGAGAAUAGCCGGGUAAGAGUAGGUACAGCUACUGACUACGGGCUCCGGCGGUGGGGUCUGAGCGGAGCACCUGGGACUGGAGACCCAGGAAGUGGGCGGCGGCGGCGGCGACUGGCAGCCCUCGCGGGCGUCAGCUUAACAAAAAGCAAUCAUAACUGAUUUAGAAAGGUGGCCAAAAUUGAGUGACAUUCUACUCCACAAAUCAUGGCACUCCCCUUCCGAAAGGACUUGGAGAAGUACAAGGAUCUUGAUGAAGAUGAGCUCCUUGGUAAACUUUCAGAGACUGAACUAAAACAGCUGGAAACUGUUCUUGAUGACCUUGACCCUGAGAAUGCACUUCUACCUGCAGGCUUCCGGCAAAAAAAUCAGACUACUAAGAAUGCCACAGGACCUUUUGACAGAGAACAUCUGCUUUCAUACUUGGAGAAGGAAGCAUUGGAGCACAAAGACAGAGAAGACUUUGUACCCUUCACUGGAGAAAAAAAAGGGAAAAUAUUUAUCCCUAAACAGAAGCCCAUACAAUCUUAUACAGAAGAAAAAGUAUCCCUUGAUCCAGAAUUAGAAGAGGCUUUGACAAGUGCUUCUGAUACAGAAUUGUGUGACCUUGCAGCUAUCCUUGGAAUGCAUAAUUUGAUAACCAACACCCAAUUCUGUGAUAUAGUAGGAAGUAACAACAGUGUGGGCAAAGAUGAUUUUUCAAAUGUAGUGAAGGGUGAAAAAAUCCUACCAGUAUUUGAUGAGCCACCAAAUCCUACAAAUGUUGAGGAGAGCUUACGGAGAAUUAAAGAAAAUGAUUCUCGUCUUAUUGAAGUAAACUUGAAUAACAUAAAGAAUAUUCCUAUUCCAACCCUCAAGGAAUUUGCAAAAGCUUUGGAAGACAACACACAUGUGACGUGCUUCAGUCUUGCAGCCACCCGGAGCAAUGACCCUGUUGCUGUUGCAUUUGCAGACAUGCUGAAAGUGAAUAAAACAUUGAAGAGCUUAAAUUUGGAGUCCAAUUUUAUUACAGGAGCUGGUAUUCAAGCACUGAUUGAUGCCUUAAAAGAAAAUGAAACCCUGGCUGAAAUCAAGAUUGAUAACCAGAGGCAGCAGUUGGGAACAGCUGUUGAAUUGGAAAUGGCCAAGAUGCUUGAGGAAAACACAAAGAUUCUUAAAUUUGGAUAUCAGUUUACACAACAGGGACCACGAACCAGGGCAGCCAAUGCUAUAACAAAAAACAAUGACUUGGUUCGCAAGAGACGAGUUGAAGGAGACCACCAGUAAAUUUACCAGGAUACCAACUUUGGAAGACUUUCAAAAGGUCAUCAAGGCCAACGUGUUGAUUUCAGAUUUAAUAUUUGCCUAGGUAGAAGGGAAAAGACUGGAAACUUCAUUCCUUUUUUUAUAUAUACUGUAUACAUCAUUUUUUCUCCAGUGAGAUGUUAUUAGCAACAAAUUCUGUAAAAUCAGUAGUAGAUAAUCUUUUUUUUAAUAUUUUGGAACAUUUUUUUUCUGCUUUCUGCUUUGAUCAGUUUUAGUUUAGUUUAAAAGUGCUUACUUGUAAGGAUCAUUGGGUAAAGAGAAAUCCAAUUAAAAUGUUACCCAAUGGUUGGGAAAGUCAAUAAGUGGAAAAAUUAAUUAUUUUUUAGAAUAAUUUUUUAUUGAAAAGGGACACUGCAUAAUACAUGUGCAGUCAUUACACUUGCCGUUACUUUUUUUAGACACCUGGCACUUAAGCUUUCAUAUGAUUAAUAUUAAAAUGUCUCCAUUUUUAGAAUGUGUGCCUGCAAUAAGCUGGUUCUCUCUUUCAAGAGAGAAUGCCAGAAUUUAGAAACACAUUACUUAAAAUAUAUUCUUUUGAGAGCAAAACCUUCUAGGAAAAUAAAAAAUGUUUUUGAUAUAUUCCAGAGAAUAACUAGUUCUCUGAUCUUUAAUGUUUAAAAUAGUACGCAUUCAAAUGUAUUUCAAAAAGGCUGUCAGACUUUUCACGUUACCUAACUAUUCAAAAAUACAGGCAAAUCCAAGUUAAUUGUAGUUUUUCUUCCAGAUAGAGUGUGGUAGACAUACUUUAUGUAAAGACACUUCUCUCAGUGAAUGAGUGCUAGGAACAUCUGCAUAGGAACUCAUUUUACAGGUUCCUCUGUAAAAACAUAUCCAACUUAUUAACUUAUUUUUGGUUAUUCAGAAUAACAAGAAUUCCUUAUUAUUUGGUACCUCCCAUUUAAAUAAUAGGACCUAUUAAUGUUUCCAUGUAAAGGCGGUUUUGUGAAUUACUUUAGAUAUCAUACAGUGUGGUAGGAAAUGUCAGGCUAGCCAUGUAUAACUGUGCAAACAGUAUUUACUCAACACUGUAAUUUUGUCAGUAAGAAUUAAUGUUCUUUUUGGUAACUGUCUAGUUUUUAUAUUUAUUUUUCUAUUCCUAUUUUGUAUUCAUACUGUGUAAAAAGAACUCCACAAAUGAAAAGUUUUCUAGUUGCUAUAAAAGUGCUCCAAGGAAGAGAGGAAGCCACUUGCUUAGAUGAUCUGAUUGCUAGGAGACCCAAGAAUCAAGACCCACACAGGAGAAUUUGCUUUUGGUUCACUCAUCUCUGGGCUGCGCUUAAAAGUGAAGUGGCCAAACAUAUAGACAGUUGAAAGAAGUUUAGGAAGUAAUGAGUCUCGGUAACCCCUACUUCAUAAUUGAGAGCUAUAGCAUUUUUAGGGAGAGUUUCCAAUGGAGAAAAUUGAGUUUUUAGUGUUUUGUCUUUUAAACUUUGGUGUUGAAUUAUAUCUUUUGCUCCUUGUGUUUGCUCUGGACUACCUAAUAGUCCAGGAAUAAUCCUAUUAAUUUAUGGACUAAGGCUUCUCCCAACAUAAUUGUGAUAUUUUCCUUUGUCCAGGAUUUUACAAAAUCUAGAAUGGUGGCUAAUAGUCAUUUUGACUAUUAGUUAUUUAUGUUCAUAGGCCUUUUAAUUACUUUUUAGGUUAGCCAGGCUGUUCUUUGAAUAACUAGUCAGUUUUUGUAUUGCACUAUGUAUUUAAAAGACUGCACAAUAACAAGAUUGGAAGUCAGGCAAGAAAUAGAAGAAUACUGCACUGAAAGGUAUUGGUGGGUUAUACCUAAUGCCUUUUUAAAGCAAGCCUUCCUCACUAAAGUUAUUUUUGAAUGUGUAGGUUCUCCCUCCACACCUCCACUUUCACUAAGGUUUAAAAAUUUUGAGGACAGCUAAGUGAUACAGUGGAUAGAGCACCAGCCCUGGAUUCAGGAAGACCCUGAGUUCAUUCAAAUCCAGCCUCAGACACAUGACACUUACUAGCUGUGUGAUCCUGGGCAAGUCACUUAAAUCCUCAUUGCCCUGCAAAAAAAAAAAAAAAUAUAUAGGUAGGUAGUAUACAUUGAUCCUACCUGGAUUUUUGUGUCAUACUUACAGAAAUGUCUUUUUCACACGUUCUAUUUAUUUAGAGUAUUACUGUCUUGUGCAUUUUGUCAAUACCAUUCCAGUGCCAUACUGUUUCAUCAUUUUAAUUUGGGGGAAAAAAAACAAAUGAUUUCUCUUGAAGUCUCUUCAAAGAUAAAAGUGUAUCUCUUUGAAUGUAGACUGCCUUCCAUAAAAGAAUGUGUCCAUCUUAAGGGAGGAAACUGAUGCUUGCUUGCUUUCUAAAAAUAAUCACCCCCAUGAGCAGACUUUGAAUACAUUUCAGCAAUUCCCGCAUGCUCUGAAAUUUAUAUUGGCUUAAUUGACCAGAUACUCCAUUGCCACAUCAAAGAUUUUCUUUUCUAAGACUGUAAGUUUUAUAGUCCUACCAAAAACUUCAAUGUGGUCAUCUUUUUUGUCUGUGGGUUAACGUCUUUUAGAGCUUUUAUUAAAAAAAAAAUAAACAGAUAACCUUUCUCAACCUAAAAUAAUUUUUCCAAUAUAUCUGCAUGUAAUUAAUUAUAUAUAUAUUUUUAAAAACCACGAAUAAUGGCUAGUAUGAGUAUAAAAAUGGGUUUUGGUGCUAUAUAGAUGUGUCCAAAGUUUGACUUAGCUAUUUUGUAAAGUUAUCUAAGUAAAACUUCAUGUUUAUUGAGUGCCUAUCAUUUAAAAGACCAAAUAGCAAAAAUUUUUUUGAGAAAAAGUUAUCUUUUUGUCAUCAAAAGAUUUGCAAAUUCUUAUAAUCUAAUUCAGACUACAGACAUACUUUGUAUUAUGUAAUAGGUGCAUUUCUGGAAAAGUUGCUUAUAAAUGUAUAUAUUUAUAAAUCAAAUUAUAUUUUCCCAUUGGUUUGAUACUUGAAUUUUGGUCAUGUGUUCCAACAAACAGGGCGGGGGGACUACAUAUUUUUAAAAGGACACCUAAACGGGAAAAAAAUUUUUCUGAUAAUAAUGCCGUAAUCUUAUAUAAAUUUUACUCCUGCUGUUUUAUGGUAAAAACUGCAGGUGAGACAACCCAAAACGCUCUAGAGAACCUUUCAUUUUGAACUUUGGCUAUUUUGAGGUCUCCCUUGCCAAAAUUGCUCACUUGAAAAUAGCUACAAGUGGCAUCUUUUCCUUAUAGAUUUCCUUUUCUAUUCCUUGUAGACUCAGUACUAUGAGGACCUUACCUUGAAACUUAGAAAGGUGUGUUUUCUGAUCCUUUCUAGUGCCUCUUUUUUGAGUACUCUAUGAGUUAACUCCUAACACAGGGUCAGCCAAAAAGGGAGAGAACAAUAAAGUGUCAGAAGCAACUCUUAUUACUUCUCUAAUGUUUAUUUUUGAGUGCUGAAGUUUAAAACUUCACCUUAACUUUGUCUUCUCCAAUAGCUAUCAAGCUGACUCAGUCACUAAUUUGUUCUUCUGAUUUGUCAAAACAAUCAGAGCUCUGUCAUUAAGAGACUCCUAAUGAGAAAGUUAAAGGAACUUUAUUUGAAUUCUUUUAUAUAGUGUUGUUGUUUUUUACUCUCUACUGCAAAUAAUCACAUUGCCUCCGAUUUUGUAUGCUCGAGAUUCAGUUUUGAAUCUGAAACUUUUCUAUGCUAGGAAUGAUUUUCUGUAUCUGUUAAGUGAAAUAACAUAAAAACCAUUCUAAUUCUAUGAAAAUUAGAAAACUUGAGGGUUUAUAAUAAAAGUUUCUAUAAAAUCUCAUUCAUUUGGAUUUCACUUGAUGGGAAUUUGUGGUAAUUCAGGUGACAGAACUUAGUACUCAGUGAAGAAAAAAAGUCCCAAAGUGGAAAGGAGGAAACAAAUCAGAAUCUACUCUCUGCUUGAAGACUUCCAGUAUUUGGAGAACUAUCUCCUGAGGCAACAUGCUAUACUUUUUGGAGAGCUCUAAUUGUUAUGACAUUUUACCUUAUGCCAAAUCUGCAUUUCUACCUCUUUGCCUAAUUCUGCCCUCCGAGGCUAAUCAAAGGAAAUCUAACUUCUAUGAGAACAGUUCUUAAGGGACAACAAUCUUGUCCUCUCUGUGGUAUAGUAGAAAGCAUACUGGAUUUAGAGUCAAAGACCCUAGGUUCAAAUCAUUGCUCUACUACUACCCAUGUGAUCUGGACAAGUUGUUUAAUAGCCUUCCUUGACCUCAGUUUGCUCAUCUGUAAAAUGAGAGAGUUGGACUAGAUGAUUGAUCUCCAAGGUCCUUUCCAGCCCUAAAUCUGAGUCUUCUCCAGGCUAAGCAUGCAUAGCAUGGCUUUUGGCUCCCUCAUCUUCCUGGUAACCUUGCCCUAUCUAGAUUGUCAAUAUCCUUAGUAUUCUAUCUGGGAUUUCACCACUAUAAAGUGAAGUAAACCACUGCCCACCACCCCACUGCUUAACGUUGUACUUCAGUUAAUACAGUCUAAAAUUGCGUCGGAUUUUUUGGCGGCUGUAGGCACAUGAUUGACUUAUAUUGAGACCAUGGACCUCAAAGUCUCUUUUCAAAGGAAUUAUCAUCUGGUCAUAAUUCCUUCAUCUUACAUUUAAGCAAAUUUUUUUUAACUCAAAUGUGAGUCAUAACAUUUAUCUCUUAAUAAAUUUCACCUGUUCUAGCCUGUCAAGAUCUUUGUGAAUCCUUAUGCAUAUAUACUCUAGUUUUAACCAAGUCAUUGAUUAUAAUCUGGAAUUCUCUAUACCUCUCAAUCAGUCUGUUAAUUUAGGUCUUCCAUGUGAUGUUUCCUAAUUGGCACUGAAUUUCCUUCUCAUGAAAAGCUAUCAAUCCACAUUAGGACAUACCAACAGGGCAGUGUAUAAAAAUUUACAUCAAAGCUGCCUUUACAGUAGGGAUGGCCAGCAAUUUUAAUGAGUUUUAAAAUUCACCUCAAUUUCCAAUGGAAAGAAAAAUGAUUCUAAUUCAUUGAUUCCAAGUUCUGAGAUUUAAGACUUAGAACUUGGGAUAUAAAGAAGCAUACCUGGGCUUAUCGCUAAUAAUACUUUGUAAAAAAAAAAAAACAAAAAACCAAAAUAUGGCCUGUUUAUGCUUUUGCAGUCUGCAAUAGACCUUUAGGGAGGACAUAAUCAUGUCUGGAUUUUUAAAAUACUAUUUUUUAAACACCUGGGUCUGUGUCACAUUAAAUGCAAAUGUCUACAAAACAGUCUUAAAUCCAAAAUGAAAAUUAUUUUGCUUCUGAAAAGAAGAGUGUGUAUGGGCUUCACAACACUGAUACUUAAGAGCUCAGUUAAAUUUGAGGAAACAUGGAAUAAGUACUGCAGGUAUUCGGAACAAUCAUAUUAUGUUUUUUAAAGGAAUUCAAUAAAGUUUAUAAAA